GAGCGGCGACGCCGUUGCUGGCUUUCACUUUUUCUUGGCGAUACUUUUCGAUGAGUAUUUCGAAGUCUUUCCACGCGAGAGUCCACGCGCAAUUUCCCGGAGGUGUCAUUUAUCUAGGCACGUGUGUAAAGAAUACAAUACGAUUCCGGAUGGACGAAGCUUGACACUAUCCGAGACUAAUAUGCCAAGAGAGAUUUAUACGGCGACGACAUCACCGUACGACAUCACGUCACCUUUUAGUUUGCCACUUCAGUCCGUCUUGAUCGCGCAAGAUAUCGCCGAGGAAAUGGAACGGAAAAUAAUAAUGACACGGAGCGUCGAAAACAUUUUAUUAAUUUUUUGCCUUCUCGUCGCGUUAAUUAUCGUCGUGACGGCAUAUGAUCCGGACGAUAAAUCCCUGAAAGAUAUUCUCUUGCCGGAGGGUCAAUUCGAGGCGUUUUAUCUAAAAGAUACGCAGGAUGAGGAGCAAAACGCCGUGAGACCGCCCCAUCUUCACGGAUCCUUUCAUCAGUAUCGAAAUCCUGCGCUGGUCGAUGCACCGAAUAGCGCGGCUUAUGGAUUUCGUUUCGAUGGAAAACGCCGCUUCAAUUUCAGUUGAAUUUUUGUCAAUAAUUGAAUGCAAUUAGAAAUAUUUAUUAAUGCUUUCAUCAAGGAUUGCGAUUAAAAUGUUAUCGAUUAAAAUGCAAAGUUAGGAAUAUAUUAGGAGAGAAGUUUCGCGGUCGUAGCGGUUAGCAAUCGUUUAUUAGCAUCAUUUUGUGCAGUCGUGCGUAUAAUUCGAAAGUGUGAAUUCUAAGAUUAAUUCUAAUUUUAGAUUCACACAAGAGAUGUACAUUUAUAUAUAAUAAUUUUUUUUAGAAACAGGUAUUGUAAACGCGUUCAUACAAAAAGUAAAGAUGGAUAUAAUAAUUAAUGUAUUUUCGAGUAAAUAGUUUAGGAUUUCUGCGAGAAUAAAGAAUAUAUUUCGAAUUA